AUGAAGCUCCUCAACCCCACCGCCCUCAUGUCCGUGCCUCGCCUGUUCAACAAGUUCAACUCUGCUUUGCGAACUGCCACAAUCGAGGCCGAGGGCGUCAAGGGUGCUCUCUCCCGCCACGUGAUCGAGACCAAGAAGGCGAACAUGAAGAAGCCUGCGGGCGCCGCCUCCAACACCCACAUUCUCUACGACCGCAUCUGGACCCCCAAGGUCCGUGCUGCGCUCGGCCUCCAGAGGUGCCACACCAUGCUCAGCGGCAGCGCCAUGCUGGACCCCGACGUGCACGAGUUCCUACGUGCCGCGUUCGGAAACUCGUUUGGCCAAGGCUAUGGUCUCACCGAAUCCUACGCCGUUGCGACUUUCCAGCUCCGCCAGGACUUCAGUCUCGGAUCUGUAGGACCCCCGGCCCCGGUGUCGAGGUUUGCUUGGAGUCGGGGCCCUUGCAUCUUCCGCGAAUACCACAAGAACGAGGAGGAGACCAAGAAGGCUCUCGAGGCUGACGGCUGGUUCCACACCGGUGACAUUGCCGAGAUUGAUAGCCUCGGCCGUAUCAAGAUCAUUGACCGCAAGAAGAACGUUCUCAAGCUUUCCCAGGGCGACCUCGUCGCCAUCUUUGGUGUUGACCCCGUCGCUUUCGCCCCCUGGGCGAGCAACAUUCUCAAGAAGCCCGUCGAUCCCACAAACGCCGAGGGCUUGAAGGCCGCCGGUGCCGAGCCUGCCGUGAGGAAGGCGUUCCUCAAGAUUCUUGACGACAUAGGCAAGCGCCACAAGUUUAACAGCUUCGAAAAGGUUCGCGGCUGCUUGCUUCUUGUCGACCCCUUCACUGUCGAAAACGAGCUCUUGACACCUACUCUCAAACUCAAGAGAGCGCCGGCUGCCAAGGCCUUCAAGGCCGAGAUUGCCCGCAUGUACCAGGAAAUUGAGGCUGACCCUGCCUCGACGGCCAAGGCGAAGCUGUAA